AUGGACGGUGGAGUUGCGAUCUGGGAGCAGCAGGAAGGUGAGAGUGACUAUGAAUUCCGUGACAGAAACGAGGGACAGGCAGGGGUGCGUGAGGCUGGGAAGCGUGGGUCUAGAGGGGGGAGUGGAGGUGAGGGAAGUGCGUAUAAAGGGCGGGACGAUGGCGAUUUGUUCGGUGGGGAUUGUAGGGAUGGGGAGGGAUGGGAAGUGGUGGAGGAGGGGCAGGAGGAAGAGGAGGGAGAGGAAGGUGUGGGAAGGGAGAAGGGCGGAGGAGAGGAGGAGGAGGAAGAAGAAGAGGAAGUGGGGGGAACGAGAAGGACCGGGAAUUCAAAAGAGGAUUCUUAUGAAAAUGGCGGAGUGUACUGUGGUGCUGUCUAUAACGAGCACGGCGAGGAUGCUUAUGGUGGGUAUGGCGGGCAGGGGUUGGGGGUGGAUAGGAGAGGUGGGAGUAGGGGGUUUGGGGGGCUUGGAGAGGAGGGAGAGGAGGAGGAGCAGGAGGAGGAGGAGGAGGAGGAGGAGGAGGAGGAGGAGGAGGAGGAGGAGGAGGAGGAGGAGGAGGAGGAGGAGGAAGGGGAGGAGGAAGGGGAGGAGGAGGAUUUUAAACAGCACAGACAGGCUCAAAAGGAGGCUGCUUUGCAGGGGCACUCACAGGGGAAGGCACAGGGGACCGCACAGGGGCGUGCACAGGUAUCAGCGCGUGAUGGGAUGCGGGUGGCGGGAGGGGGGGGAGGGGAGGAUGAGAAGGCGCGGUGGGCGCAGAAGUGUGCCUCGCGGCUGAAGGAAUGGGAGAGAGAGGAGGAUGAGGAUGAUGAUGAGGAUGGCGUGGGGGAGGGGAGAGGGGACGGUGGAGAGAGGGGAGAGGAUGAAGAGGAGGAAGAGGAGGAAGAGGGGGAAGAGGAGGAGGAGGGGAAAAGGGGUGCGGACAUGUAUGGAGAAGACUACCGGUUUAAUAGAGAUGGGGAGAGAGGGUAUGGAGACAGGGGUUAUGAGGAAGAGGAGUAUGGGAAGGGGGAGCAUGGAGAGGGGGUGUAUGAAGAGGGUGAGUAUGGAGAACGGGAGCAUAGAGCAAGGGGGUAUGGAGAAGAAGGGGGGUAUGGUGAGGGGGGUUAUGGGGAGGAGGGGCAUAGAGAGGGGGAAUACGGAGUGGGGGAGUAUGGCAGGGAAGGGUAUGCAAAUGGAGAGGGUGCAGGAGCCUGGCAGGAGGAGCAUGAAGGGGAGGACGCAGGAGAGCAUAUGGGAGGGGCAGUGAGAGGGCAGAUGGGCGGGCAGAUGGGCGGGCAGAUGGGCGGGCAGAUGGGCGGGCAGAUGGAUGAUAUGUAUGGGUCGUUUGACGUGACUGGGGCUGCGUAUGGGGGGGGUUCUGGUCGGUACUCAUCGCAUGGGGAAGGGGAGGAGAUAGUAGAGGAGGAGGAGCAAGAGUGUGACGAGUCACAGGUGGUAGGUGCGGUAACCGCACGCGCCAUCGCUCUGGCUCCCACUGUAGGUGGUUGGUCAGAUGACGCAAGGGGAUCGAAUUUGCCUGCCCCCUCGCCCACCACUCCCCUCGCCCGCCCUGCUGCCCGUGCCACUGCCCCUGCUACUCUCCAAUCCACGGCCACUGCUGCUCCCGCUGCUGCUGCUGCUGCUGCUGGUGCUGCUGCUGUUGCCGCUGCUGCUGGUGGUGGUGGGGGUGGGAAGAAGGUGGGUAGGGGUCAGAGAAUCGGUCGGGUUGGUGCCGGUUCUGGUGGGGAGGGAGUGGGGAGCGGAGGGGAGAGUGAUAAUAGCAGUGCAAGGGGCCGAAUGAGAGGUGGAGCAGGGAGUGGGAUGGGUGGAGGACGCGGAAGGGGAGGGGGAGGGGGUGUGGGGCGGACGCGGUUGGGGCAACGUUCGGAUGAUGAGGGAUGGGGGGGCGAACAGUCAGGGGUGGGGGGGCGAGCAGAGGAGGGUGGGAGCGUGGGGGAAGGGGGCGGAUGGGGGGAGGGUGGGGCGGUGGGAGAGGGGGACGCAUGGGGUGAGGGUGGCGGGUAUGAUCAGUAUGGGUACCAGCAGCAUCAGCAUCAGCAGCAGCAGCAUCAGCAGCAGCAGCAGCAGCAGCAGCAGCAGCAGCAGCAGCAGCAGCAGCAGCAGCAGCAGCAGCAGCAGCAGCAGCAGCAGCAGCAGCAGCAGCAGCAGCAGCAGCAGCAGCAGCAGCAGCAAGGGUUGGGAUUACAGGGAGCAGCAGCAGGCAAUGGCAGUGGUGGCGAGUGGCAUGAACACGACUACCAAACCAGACACGAUCCAGACACGGGGUUAGGGGAUGCGUAUGUGCAUGGGUAUGGCAACAGCGUUGAUCAAGACACUGGGUUCGGGGAUGGGUACGGGAGCAGCCACAUGCAGGAUGGGUAUGGGAAUGAUACCAGGGAUGCGUUUGGAGAUGGGUUUGGGGAUGAGUAUGGAGAUGGGCACGGGGAUGGCUAUGACAAUGACCACCACCCUCACACCCAGCAGCCACAUUACUUGCAGCAGCAGCAGCAGCAGCAGCAGCAGCAGCAGCAGUCUUACUUGCAGGGUCAGCAGCAGGACUCCCAACAACAUUACUCCCAGCAGCCUUUCUCGCAGCAGCAGCAGCAGCAGUACUCAGAUGCUCUCAAUUCAUUCUCCCAGCCCUCUGACCCCUCAACCUCUUUCUCACAGCAGUCUGUUGAUCCGCGGCAGCAGCAGCAGCAGCUGCAGCAGCAAUCAUACUCGUAUGACCAGCAGCAACAACAAUCGUUUUCGCAGCAGCAGCAGCAGCAGCCGUAUUCCCAGUAUUCCCAGGACACCCAGCAAGGAUAUUCUCAGGGAUCGCAGCCGUACCAUCACCCGCAGCAGCAGCAGCAGCAGCAGCAGCAGCCACACGGCCCGCAGCAAACACCCCCCUUGCAAAGCCCAAGCCCAUACUUCGACCACCACCCUGAUCCAUCCCAAGAUAGCUUCCCCCCUGCCCAGUCGUACGGGCAGGGUAGCAUGCCUGCUGUAACACCCCGACGGGCAGGUAAAAAGUCUAUCCAGUUCCAAUCCGUGCCUGGGGAUGGUUUUGGGCAGCAGGAGGAGGUUUAUUGCCCUCCUAUCACUCCUGGCCGUGCUGCGGGGGGGAGUGGAGGAAGAGGAGGGAAAGGGAGCGGGCAGGGUGGGAGGCUGAGUGGAGAUGAAGGAAGAGGAAAUUACCCACAGCAGCAGCAGCAACAGCAACAGGUGGUUUCAGCAGCAGCAGCAGCAGCAGCACAACAGCAGUAUGCUCCCACUACCCCUGGACGCUUGAAAAAGCCAGUGGGGGGGAUUCAUCAGCCAAUCACACCGCGACAUGUGGCUGCUAGAGGAGGAGCGAGUGGUGGGGGUGGUGAUGUUAGAUUCGAUCCUGUCACACCAAGAUUUGAUCCUGUCGAGGAAGCUUAUAUCGAGGAUGGGGAUUUGCAGACCAAUGUGAGAUCCCUUAGCAUGAAAAGAGGCGACAAGGCAAAGGGAGUGGGUGGAGAGAAACCAAAGGUUGGUGGGGGAGGAGGUGGGGGAGGAGCAGGGGCGAUGGGGAAGAGCGGACAAGCACAGGGGGGACGGGAGGAGAGGAGGGGACGGAUACAGAGGCCUAUGGAGGAUGGGGGAGAGGGGAGGGGGCGGCUUCAGAGGCCUAUGGAAGAUGGGGAGGAGAGGAGGGGACGGAUACAGAGACCAAUAGAGGAUGGGGAGGACAGGAGAGGGCGACUUCAGAGACCUAUGGAGGAUGGGGAGGAGGGGGGGAAGGGGAAGAGGUAUGGGGGUGAUGUUGCUCGGACUCCCCGGAAAGGGGGGGAAGGGAGGGGAGACGGGAGAGGGGGGGAAUGGAGAGGGGGAGAUGGGCGAGGGGGGGAAAGGGAUGGGCGGAAAGGGGAGGGACCGGAGGGUAACGGCAAUCUAGCUCUAAAGAGGCAGCUGAGUCUGAAGCUUGCUGUUCCCUCCACUCCCCGGGGAGAGGGCGGGGGGGUUGGCGGCGGGCCGAAGAGCGUGAGAGGACGCAGUAAGAGCGGCGCGUGGGAGAUGGAAGAAGGCGGGAGGAGAAGAGGAGGAGGAGGGUCAGGAGGAGGAGGGGGAGGAGGGGGGUGGGGAGUGGAGGGAGGGAGCGGCGGGAGUGGCGGAGGGAGCGGAAGGAGGGAGCGUUUUGACGAGUUUGGGGAUUCGUAUGGGUCCGGUGGGAUGCAGAGUGGUGGAAUCCAAUACGGUGGGAUGCAGGGGUCAGGAGGAGGGGGGCGAGAGAGAAGGCCUCGAGGGGCGGGAGCAGGAGAAAUGGUUCCUAAGACGCCCAGGGAACAAAAUCCCAAGACCCCACGGGGUACGGCUGGUGGUGGUGGUGGUGGUGGCGGUGGUGACAGUGGGUUUUUGCGCACUCGAACGAUGGAUAGAGGAGAAGGGAAGUCGGGUGACAAGGGAGACAAGAGAAGCGCGGACAGAGGAGGAGGGUUUGGGCAGGGGAGGACAGGGAGCAAGGAGGCGAGGGAGCGAGGGGAGCGAGGAGAGAGGGUGCAAGGGGGUGCAUCGGGAGCAGCAAGAAGGAUAGAGGUGACUAAGAGUAUGUCUAGUAAGGACAUGGGGAAGGGUGGCGGCACAGGGAGAGAGGUGAGCAAGAGCACGAGCUUUUCCCUGAAAGCAGCUUUCUUUGGGAGGGAUUCGAAGGAGGGGAAGGGAGGGAAGGAGAAAGAGGGGAAGGAGAAGGACAAAGAGAAAGGGAGGGAGAAGGAGAGGGAGGGGAAGGAUGGUGGGUGGGCGAGGAGUCGAACAAUGGAUAAUACCGAGGUGAAGAUGCAGAGACAGCUGAGCUACAAGAGGGGACCGUUUUGA